AUGGAAAUCAAGAAAAAACCAGCAAUAGAAUUGCCAACUGUUGAAACUUUGAGUGUGUUAGAUUAGAAUGAACCUUAGAAUGGUAUUGAAGUAAUUUGUAGAAUUCGUCCUAAAUUUGUGGGUGAAAAUUAUGUAAAUUAUAUUAUUACAGACAAAAAACUCGAUAUUUAUGAAACCAACAAUGAAAAUGAAAUUUCCAACUAAAAAACAUUUGCUUUCUCUUAAAUUUACGAUUAGAAUUCCACAUAAAGAAAUUUACAUCAAGAAUAUGUUAUUCCAAUGAUUAAGGAUAUUUUUGAAAAAUGUACAAAUAAUACACAUACUUUAUAGAAAAGGGAGGACUGGUUUUUACGUAAAACAUACACUAUAAUCGGUACUUAAGAAGCACCAGGAAUUUUACCGCUCACAUUAUAAACUCUAGAUAGAAUUAAAACAGCAUUUCUACUAAAUAAAACCACUAUUGAAAUCGAUGGACAAGUCAUAAAAAUUGGAGAAUCUCCUUAUGAUGACUAUGUCUUGAAAGAAGUCAAUUACACAUUUUAAUCAUUUGAAAUCUACAAUGAAGAAAUAUAUGAUCUAUUAGCUAGCAAUAAAAGCAAGUUAUAGAUAAAAGAAAUCUACGAUAAGAAAUGCUAUGUGAAGGAUGCAGUCGAAAAGGAAAUAAAUAAUAACCAAUAAUUCAAAGAUUUGCUUCAAAAAGCCUUAACAAAUAGAUAAAUGGGGGAAACCACAUUAAAUAAUCAAUCAAGUCGAUCACACACAAUCUUUAAAAUACAAGUCUCAUUUCUGUAUUAAUAAGAACAAUUUACAAUUUUAAAGAAACAAACUAUAUGUAUUGUUGAUCUAGCUGGAUCAGAAAGAGCAAAAAGAGCUGAAACACAAGGAUCUCAACUUACAGAAGCAUGCAAUAUAAAUAAAUCAUUGUUAGUUCUUGGAAAAUGUCUUAAAUAAAUGAGAUGCCAAAAUGAGUCUGAUUAAAAUAGUCGUAUACCAUUCAGAGAAUGUAAAUUAACUAGAUUGUUGUGUGAAUACUUUACAGAAGAAAACAGAAUCUUGAUGAUCGUAAAUGUUAGAUUGACUAGUGAUGACAUUGAAGAAACGCUUAAGGUAUUACAUUAUGGAGCUUUAAGUGUUAAUGUAAAUUUACUUAAAUCAAAAAUCUAUGAUUCAACCAUCUCUUACAAUUAAAGGCUUUAAAUUAAUUAGUCAUAGCAAGUAGCAAAUGAUUCAAAAUCAAAGAAGAUACCCAAGAGAAAUGCUAAGGACAUAAUUAGAAGAGCAAAGAUGUUGGUUUAAAACACAACCUAACACAUGCUUUUUUAAUAAACUAUACAAGAUUCUUUUGUCAAAGAUUUAAUUUCAACUGUUAAACAAUAACAAGCAAAAUUAAAAUAAUUUAGUGGAUUAAAUGAUGAAUUAUUUUAUCCUCCAAUUUUCGAGAGUGAUUCAAGACUAUAAAAAUCUCUAGAUAAAAUAUAGUCUGAUAAAUCACGUUAACCAUCUCUAGACAUUUUAGAAAACAAAGGAGUCCAUCAACCACCUCCUGUCAGUAAUUUCUUAGAAGAAGUACCAUAACGAAAAUCUUAUAGAUAUGAAGAAUAAUCAAACUAAAACUAAGAUGCUAUAAUUGAUGAACGACCAUUAGUAGAGUCAUAGAGGUUAUCAUAAAUAUAAGAAGAAAAAUAAGAUAUUCAUUCUAUUAUUGAAUAACAUUUUAAUUGUUAUGAAGAACAAGAGGACUUAAUGAAUGGAUUAAGGUAGCUGGAUUUAGAAUAAAUUGAUGAAUAAACUGAUGAAAGCAAAUAGUAGUCUAAAUGUCACCUUGUUUAGUUAAACUCAAAUCAAGAAAACGAUAUGAAUAUUUCUAACCAAUGUUCAUUUAAAGUAGAUUUAAAGUAGUACUCCAAUAAAAAGUAGGACCAAAAUCAUUUCGAUUAAGCAACUAACACAACUCCUUAUGAUGAAAUGAAAAUGAAGCUUUUUGGCUAGCUGUUUGAUUAAGAAUUAUAAAAACAUUAAGAGGAGAAGGAUAAAUUUAAAUAGGAGGUCAUGAAAAAGUUAUUUAAUGACGAUGACUUACAAAAUUUAAUUGAUAAAGAAAAUCAAGAAGAACUAAUCAAUUUAGAAGAUUCUGCUAAAAAAUAAUAACAGAGAAAUAUUGAAAAAUUAAUAUCAAGCAACCAUAAGAGUGAUUUAAAGGUUAUUAAUGAAUCUGAUUAAGAACAUGAUUCCUCAGGAGACAAAAAACAUCACUAAACCAAAAAUCAUCCUAAAAAGAAAAAAUAAACAAAGAAAAAAGGAAAAUCUAAAAAAAGAUGA